AUGCAGCUCGUGAAUCGGGGCCAUCGUAGCAACAGCACGGUCAGUGCCGACGGUCACCAGUCGCAGCUGCCAGCAACCGUAACGGACAUUGCACUGAUGCGCUGGUCUUCGCACGGAUUCACGGCCAUCCCGGUCGAGCCGGACGACAGCAGCGGCAGCUCGUCGUCCGGCACCUUCGUGGGGUCACUCGAGCCAAGUGCCCGGCACGGCAAGGGUUCCGCCAGUUCCGCCGCCGGUGCUCACGCGGAGUGCGACGAACAGGGUGGGCCCGAGUACCGGGCGCUCGGCACCGGCUCCCAGUGCGGUCGGCGGCGCUCGACGCCGGCGUCAGCUGUCCGAUCGCACACGCAGCAACAAGACCAUUACCACCAAUACCAGCAGCCGCAGCAUCAGCAGUGGCAUCACUUAAAUUACCAGCGAUCGAAACAACGGAAUGCCAAGUUCUCGGCGGCCGCGGCAGCAGCUGCUGCCGCCGCCGCCUCUCCACCGUCCCCGACGUCAUCCUGCCUGCGAGACUGUCUGCUGUGCCGAUGCUGCCGCAGUGACAACAUGGACGAACAGAAGGAUGCGGACGAUCAGGACCAGGAGGGUAACUACGAGUACUGUGAGCUGGAAGAGAUCGUGUCCCCGCCGAAAUACCGACCGGAAUCGAUAGCGGCCCUCUGCGAGGCAACCCGUUUCACCGAGGCGGAAAUCAAGCGCAUCUACCGUGGCUUUAAGGCAGAGUGUCCUGCCGGCAUCAUCCGAGAGGAAACGUUUAAAUUUAUCUACUCACAAUUCUUCCCCCAAGGAGCCAAUACGGGACUGUAUGCGCACUACGUGUUCAACACCCUGGACAAGGAACAUACGGGCAUUCUUAGCUUCGAGAACUUUGUACAAGGCCUGUCGAUACUGUCGCGCGGCACGCUGGAGGAGAAACUGUGCUGGACCUUCUCACUGUACGACAUCAAUCACGACGGGAAGAUUACGCGCGAAGAGAUGACCGACAUCGUGACCGCCAUCUACGAGCUGAUGGGAGCCCGCGACGACGGUGGCAGCGACGAGGUGAACAUUAAGAGCAAGGUGGACACAAUUUUCCAGAAAAUGGACACCAACCGUGACGGGGUGAUAACGAUCGAAGAGUUUCUGGACUGCUGCCGGAAGGACCAGCUCAUCUCCAGCUCGAUGGGUGUGUUCGACUCGACCAUAUGACCGCUGGAGAAGCUGCACUCGCUGCCAGAUGGUGUGCUGCACGGGCAGCACGGACCGGACGGUGGCGGGGCCAGUGACGAUGGAUCGGAAGGAGCGGAUCGGCCCGCAGCAGCGCGCACCGGAACCGAAUAUUCGAACGAUAGCAGCGUGCUGACGGCAAGUAAGUAGUGCGGACCACGAACGUUACGCCGGCAAGGAGGGAGACCCGUUUCGGGGAUCUGUGGGUUUCGGCCAUGCUGUGGCUUACUGUAUAUAAGGUUUCCGUUUUGUUAUUAAAAUUUGUUACAUCGCCGGAGGAUUUAUAAAUUUAUGUUGAUACUUC